AUGGUACUACACUGCAGCACAGUCAGGAACAGACAACUUCAAUUCAAAGAAUGUCAAGGUGAAUCUGCAACAGAGAUGCAAUGCCCGUCUCCUAACAUAACAGACCUCGACAUAAGCAAUGAAAACUUGACCUUUGGCUUCAUCAUGGAUGGGGUCACUCAACUGUUGACAUGGUCUCAGGAUAACGAUGCCAACUUGGAGUACUUUGAGGAUCCAAUUAUAACAAAUUUGAAGGUGGGCGAGCGGAUUGACAGCGCCAUCAAAGCUGGAGAAAUCAUCGUGACGAUCGGCGUAGAGAGAUGUCCCGUUAGCCUGAUCACUGGGACAACACUCGUAUGUGAAUUGCCCGAUGAGGCACCAGCAGCCGGUGACUACAUGGGAGAAGAUACCGGGAAAGGUCUGCCUGUGGUAUGGGUUCGCCACAAUAACUUAAAAUUUAGGUUGGGCUAUUUGGUCUAUCCCAGUACGGUGCCACUUGUCGCUAUACUCGUACCGAGUUUGGUCAUUCCACUCUCCAUGGCGAUACUGCUCGCUGCUACCUUCGUGUAUUGCAAACAAUUGCAAAGGAAGCGCACCCACGACCGAAGACUAUUGGGCAGGAUAGUGGCGAUUCAUCUCGAAAUUGACUCCCACGUCAAAAGACGCAAGUGCCAAAACAAAAGCGCAUUGUCCUGA